AUGUCCUCCCCGACAAAUCGAUGGGCGGCUCGUAAUGCCGCCCUCACCAUUCAACCUCCCCAGGGCCGCCGCCCAAGUGGUAUCUCUACGAGUCCGACGUUUGUGGGCCGGACUGGGCCUCCGCCUUCGAAUCGCCCGCAGAACCCGACAAUGGCGAGGCCUCAACACGGCCGGACUCCCUCGACUAGCGCAAUGCCUCAGCUGCCGAAAACACCUACCGCGCGGAAUACUCGUCGGCCGUCGGCUACGGCGGCGCCGCAUGCAGGAGCUGCGGUUGGGUAUGGCUCCACGAGCCCUACGACUACGACGCAGCCUGCCGGUAGCGAUGGUGUCACGUCUGCUGGCGUAGGUGCCGUCGGAGGCACAAGUUCGGCGGUGCAAAACGGUGUCGGCAGUGAGAGCACACCCCUCAUCCCGCGUGCUCCCAGGCUGCACACCCUCGACGGUCUUAACAAGCCCGCGACGACUUGGACCGAGUUCGGCGUCCUCUGCCGAUCUUCCGUGCCGCUGUCGGCUGGACUCGCGCUCGAGAACGCCCUCAGCACGAUCAACAUUCUUGUUGUGACGACGCUUGGCGCCGAAGCGCUUGCCGUCACUGGCAACUCGUCCCUCCUGAUCAUGGUCACCGGCUUCCCGCUCCCGCUCGCCCUCGCGGCGGCCUUCACGACGCUCGCGGCACCGCUGUACCCCCAGCCGGAACACAGGAGCCACAUCGGUCACAUCCUCCUGCGCACGCUCAUGCUGUCGAUGGUUCUCGCGCUGUCUGUCGGUAUUUUCUGGUGGAACAUCGGUCCCAUCCUCCGUGCUCUCGGCCAGCCACACGACCUCGUCGAGGGCAUGGUCGUGUACAUGCGCUGGGCGAUCCUUGUCCUCCCCGCGCUCGGUCUGGUCGAGACGAUGAAGUCGUUCAUGCAGGUUCAGAACAUGAUGGCCGCGCCGCCCCUGAUUCUUCUCUGCCUCCUGCCCGUGCACACCGCCAUCGCAAUCUACCUCGUGCACCACACGUCCAUGGGCGCCGCCGGAGCCGCGGUAGCGACCGCAACGACGCUCUGGCUCGACGGCAUCCUCAUCGUCCUCUUCGCGUCGCGCACCCGCGCCCGCGAGUGCUGGGACGGCUUCACCUCUGCCGCGCUCCGGGAUUGGGGACCUGUGCUCUGGCUCGCGGUGCCGGGUGCGCUGAUGUUUGGUUCCGAGCUGUGGGCUUUCGAGGUGAUUGCGCUCCUGGCCGGUCGCCUGGGACAUGUUGCCGUCGCGGCGCAAGCCGUCAUCUCGACUCUCGACAAUCUCGUCGCCAUGAUCCCCUACGCGAUCAGUAUCGGCAUCGCGAACCGAGUGGGCAACCUGCUCGGCUUUGGUCUGCGCGCAAUCAAGCGUGCGAAGCGCUCUGUCCGCGCCGGUUUCCUCCUCGAGGUGCUUGUUUCGGGCACGACGGGCCUGCUGGUGCUCAUCUUCCGACACCAGAUUGCCAACUUCUUCACCUCGGACAAGAAGGUCGCGGACGAGGCGGCGCGCGCGGCGGUCUUUGUCGCGAGCUACCAGAUCUUUGACGGGCUGCAGAACGUCGGUGCCGCGUGCCUGCGUGCGUUUGGGCGGCAGAAUGUCGGAUCCAUCAUCCACUUCAUCGGGUACUAUGUCGUCGGACUGCCCAUUGGCGCGUGGCUCGGUAUCACCAAGGGAUGGGGACUUGCUGGUCUCUGGGCAGGCGCCGCUAUUGCUCUCGCGUGCACUUCUAGCGCCGAGCUUGGCGUCGCGUUCAGCAUCAACUGGGAGGAGGAGGUGCUCAAGGUCCAGAUGAGGGAGAUUGAGAGCGAUGAGGAGGAGGAGGAGAGCGAGGAUGACGCCUAA